AUGCCUGUCCUCAACGACCAGUUUGAGAGGCUGAUCGGCCGGGCCCGCAGAGCUCAACGCCUGCUCUGGGUCGACCAAGUCAACAUUCACCACCCGCGUGAAGUAUUCGAGGCCGCGCUGAACGAGAGGCUGAGCAACCCAGCCUCAAUUCAAGUCAGGUGGCCACCAGUCACCUCUGCUGUCCAAGCCACGGCGGCAGGCCACGAUGGGGUCGUCUUUCUGGAGGCGGCUUCACGAUCCGAUUAUGCGCAGCGCGCUCAACGAAUGCCCGCACAGCCGCCCACCAGUGCUCCUGUCUCGAGUGCUAUGGACGCCGUCGAGACUGCAACGGCGGCUUCGACACCAGCACAGCCGGACACCGCACCGCCGCCGGCAUUGCACACUGCGCCCGGGGCAUCCCACCUCACUGAACCCGAGCCGACUGAGACAUGUCCCACGUGUCUAGGCAGCGGUCGUGUCAUCCGGGGCACCGAAGCGAUCCCUACCCCCGCCGCUGCCCCCGCCGACGACCAGAUGGACACGACGUCUGACGCAAGUCAAUCAGACGUCGACUCAAGUCAAUCAGACGUCGACGCAAGUCCUUUCACCUGGGGAGACUGGUUAGAGGCAGGCAACGACCGCGACUGGGGCUACUGCGCCUGGUCCGACAAGGAUCGAGACAUGUCCCGCUCCCCCACUCCAUUGUACCCUUAA